AUGAAGUACGAUUUCAUCCACAGACAUUUAUCACGAUCAUUUAGAAAAUUGGGCUAUUGUAUAGGAGAAUAUCCAUUAAAAUUCUCAUUAAUACCAUUGCUAAUAAUAGCCAUAUUUUCGACAGGACUUUAUAGAAUAAAAAUAUUAAAAAAUACAGAAUAUAUGUACAGUCCUUUAAAUGGAAGAGCAAGAAUUGAGAGGAAUGCAGUGGAAUCUAUAUUCCCUCCAAACAUGUCUGACAUUGAUGUUUCUAGAAUUACAAGGUUUGGAAGGUUAGGUUUAAUGAUGUUCGAAGAAAAAAAUCAAGGAUCUCUUAUGAAAGAAAUUUUCAUGGACGAGGUUGUUAAAGCUCACAAAGCUGUCGAAGAUAUGAGUAUUAUUUGGAAAAAUAGGACAUACAAAUACUCGGAUUUAUGUGCAACAACCUAUCAAGGUCAAUGUCUUGAAAAUGAUUUACUGAAACUUAAAGGUAAAAUUGAAGAUAUUAAAAAUAAGAGAAUCCGAAUAAGGUAA